AUGAAAACAAAAAGUUUUCUACUGUUUUCGACAUCCGUGUUUGCUAUAAGUUUAUUUCUGAUAGUAUUUCACUCACAGCCACCGCAAUCAAUUCAAAAUAUCGUUACACAAACUCAUCAACAUAUAAAGGACUUUCAGGAGAAGCUGCGCGAUGUGGAGUCAAACCACAUGGUGCAGGAGGAGCGGUAUGCUCAGCUGCUGGGACUCGAUGGACGGGCGGAGGCAUGGCACAACUGUACCCUGCCCUCGCUCGUGACGUACGCACGCGGCGAUGGGCACGCGCUCGCCGUCGCAUUCGUGCGCCACGCUGCGCGCCUACCCUACACCGUGCUGCUCUACAACAUUGGCCUUAAGCCGUACUCACUCGCCGUGGUGUCAAGCUACUGCAACUCGUCGAAGUGUGCCGUCAUUGAUUUCGAUUUGAGCGCCUUCCCGUCGCACGUGAGCGACGAGAGCAUAUUCGCCAUUAGACCUCUCAUAAUACAGCACGCGCUGAGCCGCGUGGGCGGCGUGAUAUUCGGCGAGAGCCGGCAGCGCUGGCGCGGCUCUUGCGGGCAGCUGGCGGCGCUGUGGGCGCGCGCGGCCCGCGCCGGCGUGGUGGCGUGGCCGCGGCGCGCGGCCGUCACCUCGCUCACGCACCCGCGCAUGUUCGCCUACCUGCGCGCGAGCGCCGACGACUUCCUCUUCGUGCAGAUGCUCGACGCCGAGCGGCUGCUGGUGGCGGCGGCGGCGGCCGACGUCAUGCGCCCCUGGGUGCGGUGCGCGCUCACGCUCGACUGCAUCAUGCCCCUCGGCGCGCAGACGGUGGGGUGCCGCUUCGACAAGAAGCCGCAGUACCGGUACUCCGGCUGCCACGCGCAGGACGCGUCGGCGCUGAGCAUCGUGCUGGGGCUGCGCUGGGGCUUCGACGAGGCGCGCUACGUGGAGCGCGCGCCGCUGUGGCGGCCGCAGCCCCGCGCCGACGCGCAGACCGCCCUGGCCGGAGCGCCCGCCAACGCCUCCGCGGAGCCGCGCCGCCUC